AUCAAAAAUCAAGAACCGAAUAAAAAAAUAACAAAAAAUCUAUGGAUGGAGAGUGUGGAAGCGGGAAGAUGCCAGUCUGCCAAAUUCAAAAGUUGAAUAGCCCAAAUAGGGGCCCAGUAGGGCAGCUCAUAAGGCAAGGGUGCCUCUUCCUGUCUUCCACCAAGUUCUGGCCUCUCCUCCUCUUCUUAACCAUUAUUUUCCCUUUCCCCUCCUACAAUCCUCUUUACCCAUUUUUUCCCACUUUUUAUCUCUGUUUUAGAAAAUGGAAAAAGAGGAGAUCGAUGAGAAAACUCACCUUAAUGUCGAUGAAACCCUAAUAGAAACAGAGAAAGACGAAGGAACUGUUAACGUUCCGCCUGAGGAAUUUCCCGACGAGUUCCAAUGUUGUGUUUGCCUGGAACUUGUUUACAAGCCUGUUGUAUUAGCCUGUGGUCACAUGUUAUGCUUCUGGUGUGUCUACCAUGCAAUGGAUCAUUUUCAUGAGUCCAACUGCCCCAUUUGUCGGUGCCCAUACAAUCAUUUCCCAAGCGUCUGUCAAUUGCUGCAUUUUUUGCUCUUGAAGUUGUAUCCUAUAGCCUAUAAGAGAAGGGAAAUGCAAGUGCAAGAAGAAGAGAUGAGAGCUGGCCGGUUCUCAGUUGAAUUUGAUCAAAAUUUAGUUGAACUUAAGCUUUGUGAGAAUUCAGAUAUUUUGGGGAAUGACCAUACCCUUGCUCAUCCCCAAAUUGACUUGCAUUCAGAAAGUUGUUCUAAGGAUUGGGAAUCAUCCUCAUUUGGCAAUUCACCAAAAACACUCAUGAUGGAUGAAAAUGGCAUGCCAAUUAAAACAUCUUCAAAAAACCCCGAAGUUGCUGCAAAUGUACCCAACCAAGGAAAUAGUUGGCUUAGAAAUGAGUUUGAACAUAAAGAUCAAAAGGUGGUUUCUAUUGCCGAUUUACUCUGUGCUGCAUGCAGUAGGCUGCUCUUUCGACCAGUUGUUCUCAAUUGUGGCCAUGUAUAUUGUGAAUCUUGUUUUGUUAUUCCAAAGGAUGAAAUCCUUAGGUGUCAGGUAUGUAAAAGCUUGCAACCAAAUGGAUUUCCAAGUGUUUGUUUAAUUCUAGACCAGUUCUUGGAGGAGCAGUUUCCUGAGAGCUAUUCAGAAAGAAAAGGGGCUUUACUCAAAGAACACAAUUCUCAACGACAUGCAAACCGGUCAACAUCAAUUUCUGCUGAUGUCUUCUCAUCAUGGCUUUUUGGCAAUGGGCCAAAAGUUCAUAUUGGAGUGGGCUGUGAUUUUUGUGGGAUGUCUCCAAUAAUUGGGGAGCGGUACAAAUGCAAAGACUGUGUGGAGAAAACAGGUUUUGACCUAUGUGAAUCAUGCUACAAAACUCCCGCCAAGAUCCCGGGCCGAUUUAAUCAGCGGCAUAAACCAGAACAUGAGUUUGAAAUUGUGCAGCCUAUUAGCAUGAAUGAACUUUUAUCAAUAAUGCACUCGGUGCAAUCUGAUGACGAUGGCUCAGAUGCUCGGGAACAUAUGGAUGAUGGUUCUCAUACCCCUGCAAUGUCAGCUGGUGUUCAACAGGAUCAAGGCGAUGGUUCUCAAGAGCCUGAAGAUAUUUCUCCUUCUUUAAUUUCAUCGGUUGAUGUGUCUUUGGAUCAAGAGGAUGACUCUGAUGAUCCAAGUGAUAUUAUUUCAUCAGAUUUGACUUAAAACUGAAGACAAUUGUGCAUUUCAUAAUCUAUAAUCGUAAUAAAUUCUUCAUUUCUAUCACUAUAUGAGCUAAAGCUGCAAGUUGUUUUGAGGAAAAUACAGUUCCUUUGCCUUAUAACUCUGUUUGCCAUAGGCACCUUACUUCAAACAUUGAAUAAUGUUACAUACUAAAAGAAUCUUAUGUUUAUUUUUUCUUUUCGCUCACCUUGGCCAAAAAGGACUUCAAUUAAGAAUUUAAUGCUUUUUUUUUCUUUGAGUUAGGACUUGAUUAUUAUUGUAUUAUUACUAUGCGGUAGU